AUGCCACUGGCAACAAUUCUGCGAACAUGGACUUCAACCGCGAUAUCUUCAUCUCGAAUCCUCCUUCCACCCUCAUUAAUGUUCAUGUCCACACUCGCACAUUCGGAGACGGCCCUGCUCAACCCGGAUAAGAACCCUUUCCUACGCUGGUUCUUGAAGAAGACCUUUUAUGCCCAAUUUUGCGCAGGUGAAAACCCCGCGGAGGUUCGCCGCACCAUUGAUGGACUGAAAGGCCUCGGAUUUAACGGCGUGGUACUGGGCUACGCGAGAGAAGUGGUGCUCACUGAUGCACAGACGCGGGAUUUAGCUGCUUGCAAUGAUGGUGCGGCGGCUGAAGAGUGUGUUCGCGAUGAAAUUAAGCCAUGGGCAGCUGGAACGAUGGAGACGCUUCGCUUGACCCAACCGGGCGAUUUCGUAUCGCUCAAGUUCAGUGGUGCUGGGCGCCAGGCUUUAUAUGCAUUGACGAACCGACUUCCUCCAUCGCCACCCCUCAAGAAAGCCAUCGAUGAGAUUUGCGACUUGGCCGCAGAGAGAAAUGUGCCUCUACUCUUUGACGCUGAGCAGACGGCUAUCCAGGCUGGGAUUGACGACUGGACGUUAGCUUAUCAACGCAAAUAUAACACCAAGCCGGGCCACGCCAUCAUCUAUGGUACUUACCAGGCCUACUUGAAAGCUACACCUGCUGUCCUUGGCUCUCACCUUGCCAUUGCGUCCAAAGAGGGCUUCACGUUAGGUGUAAAACUCGUCCGUGGUGCCUAUCUUGGUAGCGACCCGCGCCACAUCAUCCAUGACACCAAGGAAGACACCGACAACGCAUACGAUAGCAUAACAUCCAGCUUGAUCAGGCGAAAGUGGGGUCCUACCCUAAACCAGGACGUCGCGUUCCCGCAGGUCAGCAUCGUCCUAGGCUCUCACAACCUUGAGUCCAUGGUCAAGGCACGCCAGAUCCGCGCCAGCCCCGAAUCCGCCGGUACAGAGCUCGCCAUCGCGCAGCUGCAAGGCAUGGCAGACGAGGUUAGCUGCGAGCUUCUCAUGACGCGACAGAAUUCAGGCUCGGAAUUACCUAAAGAAGGCGCGAAGCAACAGCCCUCCGAGGCCCCGCGCGUCUACAAGUACAUUGUCUGGGGCACCACGGGUGAAUGCAUGAAGUAUCUGCUUCGCAGAGCUCACGAGAACAAGGACGCCGUCGCCCGAACGCGGCAAGGGCGUGAUGCAGCGUGGGCGGAACUCAGGAGACGAGCCAAGGCCAUUGUUGGGCUGGCUUAG